UAAAAUAUAUAUUUCGAUAGUUUACAAUUUGUGCACCAUAUGGAAAUUAAAAGCAUGUAUUUCGUUAGCUGAAGAAUCGGUAAAAUGUAAUUCGCCACUAGUCGCCGAAGGAAAUUCCUAAUUUUACGAAGAAUAUAUAUAUUUGUUUUGAUCAUUUUAUAACUAGUAAAUUUAUAAAGGAAUUAAAAGCUAGUAUCUUGCAAGCAAGUAGUGAAAGGACGGAAGAAAAUUCUUAAAAGUCAAAUAGUGUGAUCUGUUAUUACUUGGUGUGCUAGCUAGUGCCUUAUUAAUUUAAGAAGUGAUUGGAUUUUUUCACGGCAGGAAAUUUCUCUUUUAAUGAUGCAUAAGUUACUUGACAUUAUAUUUAAGCUGAAAAUUGUGCAGUGUAAUUUUAUUUAAAGAAGGUGAAUGGCAGAUAUUUUGAGGCUUAUAUUAUUGAAGUGCAUAUAUUUCCUUAUAAGUGGUACAUAAUAAGGCGGUACAGGCAGUUUGUGGAGCUUCAUGAAAAAAUGGUAAAAGAUUUUUCUGUUGAGAAAAACCUGCUUCCUCCUAAAAAAGUAUUUGGUAAUAGGACUGAAUCUUUUAUUAAUAAUCGACAGAAAGCAUUGGAACUCUAUCUUCAAACUUUAAUCUACAAGUUUAGCCUUUUACCAGAGCCUCUUGCUACUUUCUUGGAUUUCCCUAAAUAUGAAAUUCGAGCUAUUACUUCUAGUCUGUCAGAAACCUUUUUUUCUGAAGGAGAAGUUAUUAUAAGUACGGGAGAAUCCUACAAAUUUUCUCCUCUACAGUUGCAUGCUAUCUCAGAACGUUUAAAGCUGUGUGAGCCUACAUGUUAUUCUAACAACCCUACUCAGGAUAUUGCACAUUUAGUUGAAUUUGUAUCACAUCUGAAACAUUUGAAGAUAGUGGGGAGUAAUAUCUGUUUUGGUGAUAGUAACAUUGUUCCCAAUGCUCUUUCUUUUGACCUUUCGAUGUUUAAAUUCCUAGAAACAUUAGAGAUUCAUAAUUGCAAAUUGGACAACAAUUUAGUAUCAGUGGAAACCUUACGUAUAAAAUUAAAAUCAUUGAUUGUUUAUGAAUCACUGAAGGAUUUGGCUACUAUUCUGCUAUGUGGCAUAGUGCACUGGUCACCAGCAUUAGAACCUGUGAAAAAUUGGCCUUUUUGGGAUAGUAUAACAUGUGCAAAUUUUAGCCAUAAUUCAUUGAAGAAAAUUAGUCCUUCAAUUAAGCUGCUAUCAUCUGUAAAACAAAUUGAUCUCAGCUACAAUGAAAUCGAAGUCAUUGAAAAUUUAGAGACCUUAUCUGAACUUUCUACUUUAAUUCUUUCGCACAACAACAUUCACUACUUGGAUUCUCUUCACACUCAACUUGGAAAUAUCUCAGCUCUAUAUCUUUCAUCAAACAAGAUAAAUAAUUUGCAGGGUUUAUCAAAGUUAUUUUCAGUGUCUGAACUGUACUUAGAUGGAAAUGAAAUUGCUUCUUUUAAAGAGGUAUCAUGUUUGAGUAAACUGCCUUGCCUUGAAGUAUUGAAUCUUGAAGGUAAUCCUAUCACUACAUAUGUCGAUUAUCGCCCUCAAGUGCUGUUGAUGCUAGGACCACUUGCUCCUGAACUCCAGUUGGAUAGUCUUAAAGCUACUGAAAAAGAAAUUGACACUGUAUCUGUUUUACAAGCUCUGAGACAAGCUCAUGGAGGAAACAUCUCAGAUAUUGAUUAUGAUAGUACUUUCAAGGAAACUGCUCGAAGUGUUGAGCAAUGUAUGCAUACUGACUCUACAUCAAGGAAAUUGAAAGACUUGUCUAAUGUAUCAGGUAAGCACACAAAAAGUGUAAGUGAUGUAUCCAAGUUUCGCCAUCAAGUAGAAACAUUAAGAAGAAUUGGUGGAAGUGACUGGUUGCGCUUAUUAAAUGAGAUUCGUAGUUCAACCUCUCAGGAUUCAACUAAGGAUAUCCCAGAAAGUAGUGUAAGUGGUAAUUAUUCUGUUUCCAAAGACAUGCAACUUCAUAUUGUCCAUAUUCGCAACAAAAGCUUCAGUGAAUUAGAACCUCAUACGAUAAUGCAGUAUGCAGUUAGUGCUGAGCUAUGUUAUCCAGAAUGGUGGCUUUCAGAUUCUAGCAAUGAAAAGUUCAAUUCAAUUUUAAUGAGUAUUCUACAGAAGGAUAGACCUGAUCUGUUUGAAGGUAUUAAAGGUGCUGUUGCUGAAGCAACUUCGAAGUCUUUCAUGUUCCCAGAAACUGAUAUUUUAUGGGUAGUUGGUAUUCUUUAUCAAGAGAGCUCUGUCUAUGAAAUUCCUGUUUGUGUGCUAUUAUGUGAUAAGGAGAUGUUGUUACUGAAAUUAAAAAGUUUUCAGAAGAAUGCAAAACUUCCCAAAAAAGGGCUUGAUAAUGAAUGUUCUCCAGAUAUCUCAUAUUUGAGAUCUGUUUUACCGAGUCAUGUUUCAUCAGUUGCAAUUGGCCCAUGCAGUGCAUAUAUUGAGUUAAAACUGAAUGAGUCUAGUAGUUCUCAAAAUCUCAUAUUUUUGAUGACAAAUGAAGAAACAGCAGCAUUAUUUAUUGCAAACUGUAAAAGGUUAUUCAACUUAACACCUGUGUAUAAACCAAAUCCGUUUGCUAAUAAAGUGAUAGCUUUUGAGAACAUACAUACAGCUUUCCCUCUUUCUAAUAUGACUGUGCAGAAUCAAAUAAUAUUUGGCCAGCGUAUACUGUUAUCUAAAACACUGCAUAAAUCUCAUUAUGGCAUUCUACAUUAUGUAUUUGUUACUUUGUCUCAUAUUCUUCUAGUUGAAGAGCGACUUCAUAUUCCUCAGGUUAUUGGGUUAGAUGUAACUGCACAACCACAGUUUCAUGUAUGUGCUGUUGUUAAUGUGCAAACAAACAUAAAGCAAAUUCACCUGAAGGAUGUUGAUUAUGAAUCAGAUCUUGAAUGUAACAGUGAUUUCAAUUCCACUGAAGAAUCAAAUGUACAGUAUGAAUCACCGGUAGAAAAUAAACAUUUUGAAAUUUUGUACAAAUGUGGGUCUUGGCUAUUUCUGGAAUUUGAAUCUGGUGUAUUUUUGUAUUUAAAGUUUUCAAACUUCAAGAAAAGGAAUGAGUUCUUAGAUGCAUUUCUAUGUGCAAGAAGCCAAAGAUAAAAAUGUUCUUCAAAUUAUCCACUUAUCCUUAUUUAUUGUCAUUUUAUUAAUAAAGAUUAUUUAGUACAUAAUUUAUUUUGUUUAUCUAAGUUAUAUAUUUUUUAACAUUCCCAGCUUGUUUGUACAUGAAAUUUGUAUUUAAUAUUUUGAACUCUGUUUUAGUGACUUUUCUAUUCUGUCUUUAUUUAAUGAUGUAAAAUGUUUUACUGAAAAUGUUGUUGAGCAUAGAAAGGUGCUAAAUCAGUAUUUUGUCAUUAACUCGAUAUUAAUGUAAAUUUUUUAAUUGCUGAAAUAAUUAAUUUUGUACCAAAAAUAACUGUAUUAAAUGGAAAUAUCAAAUUUUAAAUAAUGAAA